UCAAUAUGCCUGGAACAAAGAUCCGUGAUAAAGACCUGAAAAAAAUUAAUGCGAAAUUUAUAUGUACUUAUUGUCGUUUGCUCCUUCUCAAUCCAAUGCAGACUUCGUGUGGACACUUGUUUUGUCAAUCUUGUAUUGACAUUCUACUUGGAGGUCCAAAUCCAAAAUGUCCCGACGAUCAAGAAAAAUUAACCAAGAACAAAAUUUUCCCAGAUGCUUUCACAAAACGUGAGUUGAAAAUGAUUCUUUUACAUUGUCCCUCUGACAAGUGCGAUUGGUUUGGUAACUAUGACGAAUUGAAAAGUCAUUCUCAAGUUUGUGAGCAUGCGAUCAUAAGCUGUAUACAUAAACAGUGUAGCAUUCAGUUACCUCGCUCCCUCUUUGACGAACAUUUGAAGAAUGAUUGUGAAUAUCGAAAUGUGAAAUGUGAAUAUUGUGUUGAAGAUGUCCCGUAUGCUUCAUAUAUGCAUCACUUGGAAAAUGUGUGUGAAAAUUAUCCCGUGGCUUGUAAGUAUUGUGAAGAAAAGAUACCAAGGAAGGAUAUUGAACAGCAUGAAAAUACGACUUGUGAUGAAGUGCUGGCUGAAUGUGAAUUUCAAGCCAUUGGAUGCAGCUAUGAUAAAACUUUAAAACGAAAAGAGAUCCGUCAACAUAUGAAUGACAAUUUAAUUCAUCAUGUCAGCGCCUUGUUACGAUAUGUUAUGGCAUUUGUUACACAGCUAAGUAACUAUGUACCACGUCCAGAGUUUACUACUGCUGUUCAAAACUUGGGUGACCGAAUCACUGCUGUUCGUUCGAAUCUCUCAGAAAAAUUUGGAAUGUUACAAGGUAAAUAUACAGGUCUUGAAAGGAAGAUUGAGAGCAUCGAGAGUCGCAGUGGUAACGACAGUAACCCUCAGACGUCCUCAGAAGUUUCCUCGAUGCGUGAUAGGAUUGCGACUCUAGAACGACAAGUGAGAGAUAAUUCCUCGACUAUACUACGAUUUCGUGAACGUUUUGAUCAAAAUGACGAAUCACUUGCGAGAAACACUGUAAAGAUUGUGGACCUGGAGGCGCAACGCAGUACUCGAGCACUAGGUUCAAAUCAGGCUAUACACAGCUACAAUGGUACGUUACUUUGGAAAAUAGAUAACUUCAAGAAAAAGAGACAGGACGCCAUUAAUGGUAUCAAAACAGCCUUGUACAGUCCACCAUUCUACAGUUCUCAAUAUGGUUACAAGAUGUGUGCUAAGAUCUAUAUGAAUGGUGAUGGUUUUGGAAAGGGAACUCAUUUAUCUUUGUUCUUUGUUGUCAUGAAAGGUGAUUACGAUGCACUUCAAACAUGGCCAUUUCAAAAAAAGAUCACGAUGAUGUUAAUGGAUCAAGGAAACGGUGAUCACAUGAUUGAUGCUUUUCAUUCAGAUCCUCAAAGCUCCUCGUUUCAGCGACCAAAGUCAGAUAUGAAUAUCGCCUCUGGAUCACCUCUUUUUAUGCCAUUGGAAAGUUUAAAAAAUCGCCAGUACAUUAAAGAUGAUACAUUGUUCAUGAAGAUGAUUGUUGACUAGAAAGGUCGGAGAUGAGCAGGAAUAGAUCCAGAGAGUGGUGCAAAACAGAGCAUAUACCUUGAUGGACGAAAGAUUUUUAACAUUCGCCAAUUUAGAAACUAAGUUACUAAUAGAGCGCACAGAGUAUAUGUCCUUCAUUUUUGAACAUUUUCAAUUUUAAAUUUUAGCUGGUUUCACGGGUGUAUAACUUUAGUUUAGUUAGGUAUUUUGUUAUUAAAUUACAGAAAAAUUUUCCUCCACCUAUCUUAUCUUGCCUGUUUGAAACUCAUUUACGUAACAAAAUUAUAUCUAGGACAUAUUG